UUCAAACUUGCAUACUUGAUUUAUAUCUAAUACGAAUAACAUCGAUUCUAAACGAAGUAACCUUUAUUAUUUGUGGAUUGUGUAUAGUUCUUCCGUUUUAAAAAACCCGUCAAGAUGAAGAUCGGUUUAUGUGCGUACAGUGGUUACAAAAUUUAUCCUGGUCAUGGCAAGACCAUGGUUAAAAUUGAUGGAAAGACGUUCACUUUUAUCAAUGCCAAAUGUGAAGCUGCCCAUUUAAUGAAACGUAAUCCACGUAAAGUAACAUGGACAGUUUUGUACAGACGAAAACAUAAGAAAGGACAAGAAGAAGAACAAGCUAAAAAACGUACUCGUCGUACACAAAAAUUCCAAAGGGCUAUUGUUGGUGCUUCACUUACCGAUAUUUUGGCUAAACGUAAUAUGAAACCAGAAAUUCGUAAAGCCCAAAGAGAACAAGCAAUUAAAGCUGCAAAAGAACAGAAAAAGAGUACGAAAGCUGCAAAGAAAGCUGCUGCACCACCUAAACAAAAAGCAGUUAAUAAAGCUAAAGCUGCUAAAGUGCAACAAAAAUCAGCUCCACGAGUAGGUGGAAAGCGAUAAAUUGUAUUUAAUUUAAAAUAAACAUUUUUCUUUAAAACUUAAAAA